UUUAAAACAAUUCUAAAGGUUCAUUUUUUUUUUUUUUUGGGGGGGAUAACAAACAUGCUAUACUUACCUGCAGUGUGCAGUGGUUUUGCACAGAGCAACCUGGAUCCUCCUCUUUUCGGGUUCCCUGCAGGCUCUCCUGGCCCCUACCUCCUGUCAGGUACCCCCACAGCACGCAGCUUGCAAUGGGGGUACCUGCUGCUCCGUAUGUCCAUUCACAUACAGGGCGGCGGCUUGGCCAUGCCCCCUCUCUCUCCUCAUUGGCUGACUGGUUGUGAUUGACAGCAGCUGGAACCAAUGGCUCUCGCUUGCUGUCUCAGCCAACGAGGAGGAAGAGACCCAGGACAGCCGAGGCAGAUUAUUCACAUCGCUGGAUCGUGAUAAGGCUCAGAAUGCAUGAAGGUAAAAAACCUUGAGCCUUUACAACCACUUUAA